AAAUUUUUUAAUUAAAAAAAUUUCUUUAAACGAAAUUUAAAUUUGUUUUUAAAUUCAAUUCAGAAAAGUUUUAUAAAAUAAAAACACUCGAUACAUGGGCAUCAGCUAUCAGGAGGUGAAAAGUGUAAAAAAAAAAAGCAUCAUUUUGGAAAAACAAGAAAAUUUGGAAAUACAAGAAAAUUCCUCUAGAUAUCGCCAACGUAAACGUACUAUAACCAAGGAAAGAUUUUAUGAUUUUAAAGAAGAGCAAGGCAAAAGUAAAGAGCAACAAAAUUCUAAAUCAAAUGUAGAUUUUGUAAAACAUAAAGAAAGUAAGGAGCUUCAUAAUUCCAUAGAGGUAGGUAGGGAAAGUGAUGGAAGUGACGAAGCUAGAAAACUUUUAAAGUUAUUGAAAUCCAAAAAGCAAAAACAAGAGAUUGUUUUAGAAAAAGUGUUAGAUACUUCCCAGCAAUUAAGUCAUUUAGAGGCGUCCAUUGAUCAUGAAAUUAAAAAGUUAAAACAGCAGCGAAAACUUUUAAAGAGAGACAGUUUUAGUAUGGAUGAAAAGACGAAUAAAAGAAAGGAAAAUGAAGUCGAAAAAGCGAGUACUUGGGCGGACUAUUUGGGCGAUAAUAGUUCUAGAGAAAGACAAAAAACCUCAAGAGAAAUAGCAAAGGAAAAGUAUUCUCUACAACAUAAAUGUGUUUGUACAUCGCCACGUUAUGGUAGCGAUAAGAAUUUAUCUCCACGUCCUCGUAUGCGUAGUGUAGCUUCUCAAAUGCACACACCACAAGAAUUCUUAGAUCAGGGAGCUGUUGGAGAUUACAAUUCCAAUGCAAACGUGCAAACGUUUAAGGUUCAGGAAGUUCCAAAUCGAAAGGGAUUUGUAAAGUGUUCGGAUCCUCAAAUAUCUAAAGCAAAUGAUCAAAUUGUUAAUUGUUGUUAUGGCUUAGUAUGUCCGGCUGCUGAUCAGCAAACGCUUAAGAACUUUACCAAUACAAAUGGCCAAGGAUGUCGCCAUUAUAGUUGCCAACAGAAUACGAUUAAUGGUAAUCGUGCAUAUACCUAUUGCCGGGAUGAAUACUAUUAUAAUUUGCCAAAUUGUAGUUGUAAUUUAGCAUCAACAACUGGAGCGCAGCCCCAACAAUAUAGAAGACACAAUACCGAUUUAAAUACCCAGGAAUUCUAUUGUCGACGACCAGAUAAAUCUUCCAAAUUACGCUCUAAUUCUAAAACCAAUAAGAAAUCUAAAUUAGAUAAAAGCACAGAAUCCCUUGACGACUAUAAUGUCAAUAAAAAGAGAGCUGGCCGAGAGAAAAGAGAAAAACAACAACGCAGCAAAUCUCCAGAACAGAGAUUAAACAAAAGUGUUAAACUUGCUCAGCUGUUAAGGGAAGAAAGUGUUACCAAGUUAAUCAAAUAUUUAGAUCGUUAUGUAGAUGAUUAUGAAAAAGAGUUUGAGUUAGAAAACAACAAAGAAACUAAGACCAAAGAAUACCCGGAUGAUUCUUGUACAGCACCCACGUUAAAAAUAAAAAGUCACACUAAACUUUGUCAAGUAACAGUAAGGAAAAAACUGGAGCAAAAGAAACAUCCUUCCAAUUUAACAGAUUGUGGUGAUAGCAACAGCCUGGAAACACAAUAUUCUUGGGAAACAUUAAGAAUGUUAAAGAAAAUGACAAUAAGAGAAUAUAAGCCGUCAUCGUUAAAAGCUAAAGAGAAAAGCGAUCGACUCGAAGCUAAAACUACUAAAGAAUUACAGGCUAAAAAACUUGAUAAAGUCCAAAGAUAUCGUGAAUAUUUGGAUAAAUUUGAAAGAGAACAACAGGCUAAGAAAAACAUUAAAGUUUUAAAACCUGUUCCCGAAUACUUUCCCGAAUCAGACAGUGAGGAAUUGGAAAUAUUUAAACAGCUAAACAGAGAGCAAACAGAACCUCUAAAAAGUCCAACAGCAAGCAGCAAUAAUUGGGAGUUUUUGGAGGGAAGAAAAAUGAAUUCAAGUUUAAUUAAUAAAGCCAACUUUUCCUUUGAUCAAGGUGCAAUAAACAACUUUCCCGAAAGUGAUAGUUAUGAGGAGUCAAGAUAUGAAUAUGCAGCAGCUGCUAGAGGUGAAGAUAGUUGGUUGGAUCAAAAUCAAAUUGGACAAGCAAAACGCGAGUUAGAUUUGGGAGAAACAAAAGAAGAUAUAAAUUAUCCAGACAACAGCCAGGAAUGGAAAGAUAUAAGAGGACAAACAGCUUUGAAAGAAAGUGACUCUGAUAUUUUAAGAGAAUCUCGGUGUAGAGAUCAUAAAGCAGAAGAUCAAAUAUCUCGUCCAAAAGACUAUUGGAAUUAUAGAAAAUCUAAAGAUAGAGAAAGAACAGAUAAAGAUCCUUCAGCAAGAUCAGCUACAAUACUGAUGAAAGACUUUAAAGAACGAGCAGCAGAAGAUCAACAAUCUCAAAGGGCGUAUAAACCAAAAGACUGCUGGACUUAUAGAAAGUCUAGAGAUAAAGAAAUUAAUGAACUAGAUCAUACAGCUAAAUCAGCUAUAACCGAAAACGACUUUAAAGAGCGAAGAAUAGAAGAUCAUAGAUCGAAAAUAGACGACAGUUCCACUUAUAGAAAAUCUAGAGAAAGAGCAAGAAAGGCAGAAUAUCAGAAAGUUAAAAGAGAAGCUGAAGAUCAAACAAGAGAAGCUGAAGAUCAAACAAGAAAAGCUGAAGAUCAUAGAUAUGAAAGAGACAACUGUUCAUCGUAUAGAAAAUCUAUAGAAAGGAAACGAAGAGCAGAAGAUUCAAAAGCAGGAGAAGCCACUUUAAUACCCCACACAAACUUUGAAACGGCAAGAACAGCUUGUUCUGCAGAUGACUUCGACUUUUAUGGGAAAUCCAAAAAUAGAGAUCAAAGAAGUGAAGAUCAAACUCCUAGAUAUGAUAGAGGGAGAAGAAAUGAUCUAGAGGAGAACUCAAACCAAUUAGAUUUAGAAAGAGUUAACGUUGAAGAUCAAAGAUAUGAAAGAGACAACUGUUCAUCGUAUAGAAAAUCUAUAGAAAGGAAACGAAGAGCAGAAGGAGCAAAAACAGGACAAGUCGCUUUAAUACCCGAAACAAACUUUGAAACGUUAAGAACAGUAGAUUCCGCAAAAGAGUUCGACUUUUAUGGGAAAUCCAAAGAUAGAGAACAAAGAAAUAAAGAUCAGACUCUUAGAUAUAGUAGAGAAAGAAAAAAAGAUCUAGAAGAGAACUCAAACCAAUUAGAUUUAGAAAAAGUUAAAGUUGAAGAUAUAUAUAAUGACAAAACCUUUAGACCAUCCACAGAGAGUCCACGGAUAACUUCACAACAAACUUCUAGAUAUAAUGAUCAAACAAGAAGACCUUUUAAAGAAGCGAAGUCACAAACAUGCGAAUACUUUGAACAGACAGCUUUGGAAAGAGCACAAAUAGAACCUGAAUGUAGAGAAGAAACGUUUAGACAAUUCGGAGAUGUAGAAAGGAGAUCACAAGAUCAAAGUUCAAACAACUUUGAAGGCAAUAGAGCGGAAUUCACUGAAAGUAUGAAACACUACGCCAAACCCUCGAGAGAAUCGCAAUCAAAAGAAGCAGAAGCUAAAGCUUUAAGAUCUAGAAAUAUUGAGACGAAAGAGUAUCUACGCAGAAGAGAUUGCGAUGCAGAAGUCUUUGAAGAAACUACAGCAAAACCACUAAAAGCUAAAGAUAAUGGAAGAAACGAUUUUGAGGAUAAACGAAGAGACUCAGAAGAUCAGAACAAUGAUCUUAAUGAUUAUAAAGAGAGAAGAAGAGAUUCUUUAGAAGUAAAGCAGUAUCCAAAGGAAAGAGAUUUGAAAGCAUCUGAUGAAGCCAAAUAUGAAGUGGAUGUUUUUGAAAACCUGAAAGAAAGACGGAGAAUAGCUAAAGAUCGAAUUUCCGGAUAUUAUGAUGAAACAAAAAGAGUCUUCAAAGAUAGUAGACAAGUUGAUACACCAAAUCGUAUAAAUUACAAAGCAGAAACUAAAGAAAUUGGAUCCGAUGUUCUUAAAACCGGGGAUAAAUAUUAUGAAGCCACUAGAAGAGAGAUUGAGGAACAAAUAGAUCUUCCAGAAGGUGAACAAAGAAAAUUAAAAAUCGACAAAUACGAAGAAUUAGAUAAAGAGGAACUGAACAAACUCCAACCAGAAACUUGGAAAAGAUCAAAACGUUGUACUGAAGAGAAUUUUAGCUAUGACAAGUCAGCGGAAAGAGAACCUUCUUUAGGAACUUCAAUUCGAAAGGAAAGUCAAAUGAAUAAUCAAAAACAGGAAUAUUUAAGAGCAGAGGAAUUCCAAGCGUAUCAUCUGAAACAAGAACAACAAAUUGAUGAAGAAUUUUCAAAACAAAAUGAAUCAUUUCAGAAAGAACCUGAAAGAUACGUUAAUGAUGAUCCUGGAUUUAGAGAAAAGAACUCCAACAGUUCAUCAUAUGAUGAUUUUAAACAAGUAAUGGAUCAUAGUCUGGGACUUUAUACCAGUCGAGCUAGUCAAACCAGUUAUCAAUUCCAACCUCAACUAACCGAGCAACUUUCCUCACAAACUUUCACCAGAGAAAAGGAAACUCCCAAUGAAAAUCAGGAUAUCUUAAAAAAACAACAAACAGAAUUACCUUUAACAACUUCUGAAGCUUUAAAAUAUUUGAAAAAUUUCCUAAAAACCUAUCAGGAGGAUUCCAGCUUAGAAGGAGAAUGUGCUAAAGCAGUAACCUCGGCCGCUAAUGAGUUAAUAACAAAGUUAAGCUCCUGCAAAAGUUCUCUGAGAACUGAUACAAACUCCAGAACGCUAGUUCAAGAACCAAGAAGUUCUUUAAGGGAAACAGCUAGCUUAACAUUGGAACAGAAGCUUACACAAGAUACGCAAUUUAAAGAUUUGGAAUCUACCACAGAUAGCAGUGAUCCUCAACUUGCAAACGCAAAAGGAAAAGAUUCGAAAGCUCUAACACCAGAGAGGGAUAAAUCACGAAUGGAAACAGCAGUAAAGGAUCAGGCUAAAGAAGAACCCAUAAUUGAAUUAAUAGAACAGGAAUCCUAUCAUUAUAAAUCACAACCUUGCAAUUUGCAGCAAAGGGAAACUGCAGAAACUUAUCAGAUAUAUGAAGAGUACAAAGAAAAUUUAAGAUCACAACAGGAUAAAUAUCUAGAUCAAACUUAUAAUGGGGAAAUGCAUGAUCCAUUACCCCUUUGCUAUGCAGCUGACCGCAUAGAACCUUGCGUGGAAAGAAAAUUUACUUGUGGAUCUUUAUCUGGUCCUACCACAUCACAGGCUUUUGAUCCUCAACUAAUGCCUUUGAAGGGAAUUUUAAAACCUUGUCGUACCAUGGAAGAUGUUCAAGUGGCCUGCUAUGAUUUGGAAUCGCAUAAAACAACUUCGGUGGUUAGUUUUGGGCCAAAAGAAGAGGUCAAUACGCAAACAGAAACCGCUUUGUCUUAUAAACAAGGAGAGGAUGAAGUGGCUCAAUACUGCCAAGAAACCCAGCAAACAAUUAUAACUAAAGAUGAGUUACUGCAGCCAAUAACCCAGCAAACUAAAUAUCAGCUUAACAAAACUAGCAACACCAAAUAUCUCCUUAAUCAAGAUAAUCAAAUGGAUUCAGCACCAAUGGAAUCAUAUUGUCGUAAUAAUACUCCACGUCUGUAUACUGUAGAGUUGGAAAAAUUUAAACAAUGUCCUUGUAUGCUGGAUACUUAUCGGACAAUGUUGAGUAACUACUACAAAUGCAAGAAAAAUUAA